AUGGCAGCCAGGUGCAUUGGAAGGCAACCAGGCAGCAAUGUAUGGGUGGUUUCUGAGAACGUGGAGAUUUCAGAGGAUGGGCGUUUGGUAAAUGCAGAUAGUGCGACUUAUGUAUAUAUCAAAGGCCUGUUUGAAGGUUCAGAGGCGCCAUGCACUGUGGAUUUGCCCUUGAGUUCAAUUACACUGUGGGAAGUAGUCAGUGCGCUAAUGGCAGCACUUCACCAUAAUGGUAUGGCCAGCAUAUUUACAAUCG